UAUUAAUGUGAAUAAAAUAUUCACAAAAGCAGCAUAAGAAAAGCAGAGGAUGCGUUUACUUCGUUCAAAAAAGAGAACAUUCUGAGAUUGUGAAGGAACAUUAUGGUAAGCUUCCUUGAAAUAUACAAAUUUUUGCUCCAUGGGCUUAUGAAGAUGGCCGGGGUUCGACCCCAAGCAAUAGAGAUCGAACCAGGGACGGUGAUCAACAUAUGGGUCCCAAAUGAAACCAUGAAAAACAAGCCUGCGGUGGUCUUCUUGCACGGCUUUGCAGCAGACGGCAUCAUCACAUGGCAGUUUCAAGUGCUAGCCUUAGCCAAAAAGUGUGCCAUCUAUGUGCCGGAUUUCCUCUUCUUUGGCGGCUCCAUCACCGACAAGACGGACCGGUCUGUCAGCUUUCAGGCGGAGUGCAUGGCCAAGGCGUUGGGGCAGCUGUGUGUGCGGAGGUGUACGGUGGUAGGGUUGAGCUACGGCGGGAUGGUGGGCUUCAAGAUGGCUGAGAUGUACCCCGACCUGGUGGAGUCUAUGGUGGUGACCUGCUCGGUUAUGGCUCUGACCCAGUCCAUAAGCAACGCUGGGCUUCAGAGAAUUGGGUUCUCUUCUUGGGUUGAAUAUUUGGUUCCUAAUUCGGUCCAGGGUGUCAAAGUGCUCUUCAAAAUUGCUUGCUAUGAUCUUCCAUGGCUGCCUAAUUGCAUUUUCAAAGACUGUUUCAAGACCAUGUUUAACAACAGAAAGGAGAAAAAUGAGCUUUUACAGGCUUUGGUGAUUAGUGAUAAAGAAUUUUACAUCCCUCAUUUACCACAGAAGAUCCAUCUGUUGUGGGGAGAGAAUGACCUGAUUUUUGACACCAAUACUGCUUACAACUUGAAAGCGCAGAUUGGAGAAAAUGCCACGGCACAUUUUAUAGAGAAAUCUGGCCAUCUCCCUCACUUGGAGAGAGCGUGGGUGUACAACAAGCACCUAAAGAAAAUUCUAAGCUCUCUUUGGGAAGAGAAUGGUUGCAAAAACUAGUGGAGUCUUGGAAAAAUAUUUUAACUCUUUCUUGUGGUCGAUUUGUUUAUAAUUUAGUAUUAAGAAUUCGUGUAUGAGGAUUUGAAUCAAAACUUUGCAGAAUU